ACUACAGCCACUGGAGAGGCUGAGAAUGAAACCAAACCCUGAGCAACAGUAACACCAACAUCUCUGGGUUGUCAAAUAUCUUCAAAAAGCAUCCAGAAGAGCAUAUCAAGAAGGAAAUAUAAGGUGAGAAUGAUGCAGAGAACGGCACUGCUGGCAGUCUGCUGUCUGGUGCUGCUGGUAAAAUCAUCUCCACUUUAUCCUACACUCAGGUUCGGUCAGAGAGCGGCUGCAAUAUUAAUGACCUCCUCCAUCGAGGAUCCGUUGCAGCUGUCAGCAGACAGACCCUCCUCACAAACACCAGAUGUAGAGUUUAGGUAUGGAAGACAUGCUGAUGCCAUUUUUACCAACAGCUACCGAAAAGUCCUCGGUCAAGUAUCUGCCAGAAAAUUCCUUCAGACAGUGAUGGGCAAAAGACUUGGAACAGAAACUAAGAACUAUGUAAAACGCCAGUCCGGUAUCUACGGAGACACCUACAAGCAAGAUGUGGAUAUGAAUCUCAUUGAGAAGGAACAAAGUUACAGGGAGCCACAAAGAGUUAAAAAAACACUUUUUCUGUGCCCUAUGUGUGCUUGUGGAAUGACACCAGACAUCGAAUGCUCGGCAAGUCUACCACAGGAGUAAAGAGAACCUCACAAAGAAAACUCUAUAAAUAAUAGUCUAUACACUGUUUAAUUCUGCAAGGUUUUGUUUGGUCA